UUUAAUUCCCUUUCUUUUUCAUUGAUGAUUCUACUAUCUCCUCCCUUCCACCCUCCUCCACAUUGCAGAACAGAAAGCUUCGAAGAUCCAUCCACCAAUGUCGAUGGCACUCCCUGACCUUGCAUGCUAAAUUAGGGCUUUUAGUUUUCGGCGAUCAAAACUCCGGAGUUUAUACGUUUGCCUUUCCAAAUCCUCAAAGGAGUCUCAAUUCUAUCGCGGAUCAGAGUUUCGAUUUACUUUUCUUCAAUAAUUACGAGAAUUUCCGUUCUUGAAAAUAAAAUUAGCUGAAAAUCAGGCAUUUUAAUGAAUGCAAGGCGCGGAAUUGUGGCUAGUGGGACGUCUUUGCUUGAGAUUUGAGUGCUGUGUAAUUAGGGUUUUUGAUGCUUCUUGUUAAUUGUGGUUGCAUGUAUAACUUAUAAGUGGGGUCCUCUGCUGCUACUGUUGCGUGGAGGAUCCCGAAAUCGCGGUUUAUUUCGAAGCUGCGCGGUGGAUUGCGGAGUCAUCAUUUCGAUAAGCGUGGUUUUUCUCGUUGGCUAUAUCUGGAGAGGAAAUUGAGAGGAUUAGGUUUCAAGGAACGGACCAAUUUUUUUUUUCUGAGCGGAGGAGAUGUAUGCCGGUGCUGGAGAUAGUGGGGAGAACAAUAAUAGUGGGGUUACAGGCACAGUUUUGAUACCCACACGGUUCGUGUGGCCAAAUGGAGGACAAAGGGUGUUGCUGAGUGGCUCGUUUACUAGGUGGCAGGAUCACAUCCCAAUGUCACCAAUGGAGGGAUGCCCAACUGCUUUUCAGGUCAUCUACAACUUGACUCCAGGAUAUCAUCAGUACAAGUUUUUUGUUGAUGGAGAGUGGCGGCAUGAUGAGAGGCAGCCAUUUGUAAGUGGAAAUUAUGGUGUAGUAAACACUAUUUUCUUAGCCAGAGAACCAGAAGUUAUUCCUGCAUUUUUUAGCUCGGAAAUGCCUGGUAGAUCUAGUAUGGAUGUGGAUCAUGAUGUCUUCCUUCCGCUGGAAACACUUCCAAGGAUAUCGCAAGCUGAAAUAGACCUAUCUCGUAAUCGCAUUUCAACCUUCUUGUCCCUACAUACCGCUUAUGAGCUGCUCCCUGAAUCUGGCAAGGUUGUUGCAUUGGAUGUAAAUCUGCCAGUAAAACAAGCAUUUCAUAUCCUCUAUGAACAGGGAAUCUUUGUUGCUCCACUGUGGGACCUUUGUGGGGGUCAGUUUGUUGGAGUUCUUAGUGCUGUAGAUUUCAUCUUAAUCCUUAGGGAGCUUGGGAACCAUGGAUCUAACUUGACAGAAGAAGAGCUGGAGACCCAUACUAUAUCUGCUUGGAAAGAUGGAAAGCUUCGUCUUAACAGACAAAUUGAUGGAAAUUUGAGAUCCUACUCAAGGCCUCUUAUCCAUAGUGGGCCUUAUGAUUCUUUGAAAGAUGUUGCUUUAAGGCUUUUGCAAAACAAGGUAUCCACAGUUCCCAUCAUUCAUUCUUCUUCACCUGAUGGCUCAUUUCCUCAGAUGCUACAUCUGGCUUCCCUAUCUGGGAUUCUAAAAUGUAUCUGCCGGCAUUUCAGACAUUCUUCUGGCUCCUUACCCAUUCUUCAGCAACCAAUUUGCUCCAUUCCUGUGGGUACCUGGGUACCAAAAAUUGGAGAACCAAACGGAAAGCCAGUUGCAAUGCUUAGACCAAAUGCCUCCCUUGGUGCUGCAUUGUCUUUGUUAGUUCAGGCUGAAGUUAGUUCAAUACCAAUAGUGGAUGAUAAUGACUCUUUGCUGGAUAUAUACUGUCGAAGUGAUAUCACUGCUUUGCCAAAAGAUAGGGCUUAUGCACAAAUUCAUCUUGAUGAAUUGAGUAUUCACCAGGCAUUACAAUUGCGACAAGAUGCUAGUUCUUCAAAUGAACUUUUCAAUGGGCAGAGAUGUCAGAUGUGUCUGAGGUCUGAUCCUUUGCACAAAGUGAUGGAACGGUUAGCAGUUCCUGGGGUUAGAAGAGUUGUUAUAGUGGAGGCUGGCAGCAAGCGGGUAGAAGGGAUCAUUUCAUUGAGCGACGUGUUCAGAUUUUUGCUUGGUUGAAAUAGCAGCGGCAUUUCUCCUCAUCUCUCCCCCAAAUGAAGAGCAGCUUUCUUGAAGUUCUUUCUCAUGAAUCAAUUCCUUUUAGUAUCUUUUCAGCAAUGCCAGUUCCUCAUUGCAUUUGUGGAUGGUCUUCUAAUUCCAUUGUCUCUGAUAUGACUGGCUCAUACUUCUUAGCCUUGUGCUUCUUUAGGUGGCGAUCCAUAAGGAAAGACGUGUUUGUAAAUUAAGAGGAUCAUAAAAAAAAAAAAGAAUUAUGACAAACUAAUUAUAUCUACUGUGGACUGCGGAUCAAAAUUUCAAAAUGAAAAGAAAAUCACCAGCAAUUGAAAUCAAGCCA